AUGAGCAACGGCAACUUUCCCAACCUCGGCGCCCUGGACGACUUCGCCCGCGACCUCUUCCGCCACGCCAAGUCCGCCGGCCCAGAGUUCGCAGACAUUGCAAUCGCUGUCCGCCGCUUACACGGUGUCUUAAAACACCUCAAGGUCGAGGCCGAAGACCCGGACUCCCUCCUCAACUCCCAUGAUGCGGCCGUCUACAAUCGCCAGCUGGCGCCGUUGGUCGAGGACUGCGACUUCAACCUCAAGCAGCUCGAGACUAUCCUCAAGAAAUACGGCGACGUGGACCGUCUCGAAGAGCGCGAGCGCGACAUGAUUGACAUGAUCCGCACCAAGCUCGCGAAUCAGAAGACGAGUAUCGACAUGUUUCUCGACACCAUUCAGCUGCAGAACCCCACAAAAGCACAGCGCAUAGUCAACGAGCAGGGCGGCAACCUCGACAACAUCAAAGACAAGGUCGACGCGAUCGCCGCCCGCCUCUUUGCCCGCAGACACAGCGGCGUUGGCGACGACGACGAAGAUCUUUGGCAACAGUUUCGUACAGAAUUAGAAAGGGAAGGAUUUUCCAAGGAAGUCCUGCGGAAAAACAAGGAGGUCCUCCGCGCAUAUAUUCGUGAGCUCGAAGAGUCCACCGGCAACGAUGCCACGGCUCCUCCCUCCGUCCGCGGUCUGCUCGCCCAAGAACGCGGCGAAACCUACGGCUCCUACAACGACCGCCGCAAAGCCGUUCCCGCCGUCGACCCGCGCACUUCCGUUCCUAAUUUGCCGGCUCAAUACAGCUCUCUCUCGACCUACGACCGUGAAGACGAGAUGGACGACCACAACGAUUCCCUUGCCCUCAUCUCUACCCGGGACCUGAUGGCCCUCGACAACCUCAACACGGGCAUGGAAAACCUCCGCAUCGCCGCCGCACCUCUUCAGAACUACUCAAUCUCACCCUCCGAUGCCUCCCCUUCAACUCGCUACCUCCCUCCAGAGGUCGCCAGCAACCUCGGCGUCUCACCACGCUUCGUACCACCAAUGUCCCGCGGCGGACUGCCCUUUGGCGCCUCACCACGCACAUCAGCCUCACGCCUCGCCCCGGACGCCCGCGGCAAGGACAUUCCUCUCGAGGCACAAUGGACCCGCAUCCGCCGUGCCCUCGUCUCCCCAGAAGUCCUCGAGCGGGCCGGCGUCCGCUACGAAGCCCGUCCGGACUACGUCGCGGUCCUUGGCGUCCUGACUCGCGAGGAAAUCACGAACUUUGCCCGCCUGUCGGCCGAGGCCCGCUCGGCCCGCUCCCGGGGUAGACGGCCCCCACCGCCCAAUAAUAGCAAUAACUCACCUCCCACCCCCCGCUCCCGCAGACGAGCCGACUCCCGCGGCUUCACCUCCUCUUCCGACGACAUUCUCUGGGACUCCUCCGACGCUACCUCUUCUGACAGCGGCUAUGACCACAAGAAGGAAUCCAAGCAAGCCUACUACAUCGUCCCACCCCCUUCGGACAAGGAAAAGGGCACAUCUCCCUCCGCCACCGUUCAGCCGAAACCAAUCCUCAAGAACAAGAACGAGAACCACGUGCGUUUCGACCCGGAGCCGCACGAAUUGGAGCCUACCCCUCCACGCUCCUACCGCGAGGAAAGAGACAAGAGUCGGCAUCGGUCGUCCAGGAGGGAUCACCGCGACGGUGGCCAUGACAGGGACCGUGGCGACCGCGAGCGCAACCGUGAUCGCGAGCGUGACUACAGAGACCGCGAUCAUCGUGAGCACCGCGAGCACCGCGAACACAGGGACCGCGACAGGGACCACUACCCGCGCCGCCACCACCGCGACCGCACGGCGGAGCGCGAGAGGCGGGACAAGAAGAAGGCGUGGGGCGAGACGCUCGGCGCCGUGGGCAUCGGCGGUGCCGCGGCGAGUCUGUUGAGCGUGCUCACAGAGGCAGCGUCCGUCUUGUAG